AUGGUCAAUCUAAAUCUUUCGUUCUUUUCGGUACUCAUACUCUCGUUAGUCAUAUCCAAAGCUCAGGCAGAUGGUGAAUGUUACAGUUCUCUCCCAUCUUCAUAUUCGAAAAGUACCACGUAUAUAUAUCAAUCAACAGGAUAUUGUCUAAAAUAUUGUGCAGGAUACACAUACUAUGCCCUCUAUAAUGGAUCCACUUGUCUUUGUGGUAACGAUGCGCCAGACUCUUCUGAUGAGACUGAUUCCAGUGACUGUUCAGUAGCUUGUUCAGGUUAUGAUCUCCAGACCUGUGGUGGUUCUUCUGCUUAUGCAGUUUACGCCGUUGAUGGCACUUCAUCUUCAUCUUCAUCUUCAGGUUCCUCCUCUCUGUCCUCCACAAUCACUAGCAGUUCCUCUUCCAGUUCCUCUACUGAUACCUCUUCAAGCGUCGGCACCAGUGCGACUUCAGCUACAACCACCAAGGCAAGCUCCAGCAGUGACUCAACUUAUGUGGAGUUAGUUACUCAAGUUUCUACUGAAUCGGGUGGCGGUACCCAUAUUGUCACCGUUACUGCUUCCAGAACUUCGGUGGCAACCUCUGUUGUGAGCGAUACGUCUUCGUCCAGUGGUUCAAAUAACAAAGCCAAAUUAAUUGGGCCAAUUGUUGGUGGAGUUAUUGGCGGCUUGGCAGCUCUAUCUAUUUUGGCACUUGUCAUCUUCUUUAUCAGAAGACAAAGACAAAAAGAUCGUGAUUUAUUAGAUGCCGAUGCUAAUAUCAUUGCGUCAAUGAAGAGAAACGAAAACUCGUCACAUGCCAGACAAUUAUCUAAUCCAUUUGCGGAUGACUUUGUUGAUCCUCCUGCAAGAAACACCGCAUACUAUGGAAUCUCGAGUGAUGGAGCUUAUGGAAACGAAAAUAACUUGGAUGCUACAUACGGUGGUCAUCACGACAUGGACCUUGGAAAUGAGAGCCCAAAUUAUUAUGAUACUAAUCACGGUCAACAAAGGUCGAAAUUAGCGGUGGUUAAUCCCGACAAUAAUUAA